AUGCUAGUUGAGAUGGAAAACUCUUUACCUCAACUUGAGUUAGUUGAUACAUUGCAGAGACUUGGAUUAUCUUACCGUUUUGAGAGUGAAAUUAACAAUAUUUUGAAGGCAAAGUACACCAAUAUUAAUAAUAUUAUUAAUAAUCCUACUUUUAAUUUGUACACCACUGCUCUCGAAUUUAGGCUUCUGCGCCAACAUGGCCAUGCAGUACCUCAAGAAAUUUUUAGUGUUUUUAAGGACGAGACAGGAAAGUUCAAAGCAUGCUUGGGUGAUGAUAUUAUGGGAGUAAUGGCCUUAUACGAAGCUUCAUUCUAUGAGAAAAAAGAUGAACCUAUUUUGGAGGAAGCUAGGGUUUUCACAACCGAAUGUCUCAAAAAUUACAUGGUGAUGAUAGGGCAGAAAAAUUUAUUAUUGGAUGAUAAUAUGGUAUUAGUGAGUCAUGCCUUGGAGCUCCCACUUCCCUGGAGGAUAACAAGGUCAGAAGCUAGGUGGUUCAUUGAUGUGUAUGAGAGAAGAAAAGACAUGAAUUCCACUUUGCUUGAGUUUGCCAAACUGGAUUUCAACAUGGUGCAGUCGAUAUAUCAAGAAGAUCUAAAAGAUUUAUCUAGGUGGGCCAGGCAUUCCAAACUUGGAGAGAAAUUGGAUUUCUUUAGAGAUAGAACGAUGGAGUGUUUCUUAUGGAAUGUGGGAGUAACAUUUGAGCCAAAAUUCAGCUACUUUAGGAGAAUGUCUGCAAGAUUGUAUUAUCUAAUAGCAGUAGUUGAUGAUACAUAUGAUGUUUAUGGAACAUUGGAGGAACUAGAGAUUUUCACUAAUGCCGUUGAGAGAUGGGAUUUGAAAGCCAUGGAUGAUUUACCGGAAUAUAUGCGGAUACCUUUCUCUGUUUUAUACAAUACCAUAAAUGAAACAGCGUUUGAUGUGUUAUUAGAGCAAAAUUUCAUCAACAUUGAAUACCUCAAAAAAUCGUGGGUAGAGUUCUGUAAAUGUCAACUACAAGAGGCAAAAUGGUAUUAUAGUGGUUACAAACCAAAGUUGCAAGAAUAUAUUGAGAACACAUGGAUUACAGCAGGAGGACUGGUUCUUCUUGUGCAUGCUUAUUUCUCUUUUAACAAUUCCAUUACAAAAGAAAAUGUGAAAUGCUUGGAAGAAUGUUAUCCCAACAUAAUUCGUAGUGGAUGCACAGUUUUACGAUUAGCUGAUGAUCUAGGAACAUCAUCGCUCGAGCUAAGGGGAGGUGAUGUUCCCAAAUCAAUCCAAUGUUACAUGCAUGACACAGGUGCUUCUGAAGACGAAGCUCGUGAGCAUAUCAAGUUUUUCAUAAAUGAAACAUGGAAGGAGAUGAAUAAUAAUGAAGAUGAAGAUAACUCUAGUUUCUCAAAAGAAUUUGUUCAAGUUUGCAAAAAUCUUGGUAGGACAGCACAAUUCAUAUACCAAUAUGGUGAUGGAUAG